ACUUCACCCUUUCAAUCCGUGCGUGAAGUGGCUGUGGGCAAGCGGCUCCCUUGCUCCCGCUCCUUGAAAGAGUGUUUAAUGACUGGAAAACUCAAUGGAUCAUGUUUUUAUCAUCUAAGCUAUUUUUACAUUGACUGUGCUGUAAACACAUGGAGGAGCUCUUGUGGUACAAUGCCAGAAAGACUAACGGAAAUGCUUACGGAUACAUGGACUCCAUUAAUAAUAUUAUGGAUUACUGUCCUUCCUUCCAUUUAUAUGGCUCCAAUGAAUCAAUCUCAAGUACUACCAAGUGGAUCCAGUACAGGACUAAAAAGGCUAAAUGAAGAACAAAGAGUUCUGCACCGUUCCAGGAGAGGCUGGGUUUGGAAUCAAAUGUUUGUACUGGAAGAAUUUUCUGGACCUGAACCAAUCCUAGUUGGCCGGCUGCACACAGACCUGGACCCUGGCAGCAGCAAAAUCAAGUAUAUUCUGUCGGGAGAUGGAGCUGGGACCAUCUUUGUCAUCAAUGACAAGACUGGAGACAUCCACGCCAUGAAAAGGCUGGACCGGGAGGAGAAGGCUGAGUACACUCUCACAGCCCAGGCAGUGGACAGGGACACGAACCAGCCCCUGGAGCCCCCCUCAGAAUUCAUCAUUAAGGUUCAGGACAUCAAUGACAACGCCCCCGAAUUUGUAGAGGGCCCCUACCACGCCACGGUGCCAGAAAUGUCUCUUGUGGGCACCUUUGUUACUAAAGUAACAGCUACAGAUGCAGAUGAUCCAGUGUAUGGAAAUAGUGCCAAGCUGGUUUAUAGCAUUCUGGAAGGUCAGCCUUACUUUUCUAUUGAGCCCCAUACAGCUAUAAUUAAAACAGCUCUUCCCAACAUGGACAGAGAAGCCAAAGAAGAAUAUUUUGUGGUCAUCCAAGCAAAGGACAUGGGAGGACAUAUGGGUGGACUCUCUGGAACUACAACAGUGACAAUAACACUCAGUGAUGUGAAUGACAAUCCUCCUAAGUUUGCCCAGAGUCUGUAUCACUUCUCAGUAAUGGAAGAUGUUGCUCUUGGUGAACCAAUAGGAAGGGUGAAAGCAAAUGACCUGGAUAUUGGAGAAAAUGCUAAAUCAUCCUAUGAUAUUAUUGAAGGAGAUGGAAUGGAUAUAUUUGAGAUUACUACAGAUGCCCAAACUCAGGACGGCAUUAUUAGAGUGAGAAAGCCACUGGACUUUGAGACCAAAAAGUCCUACACUCUGAAGGUGGAGGCAGCCAACAUUCACAUCGACCCUCGCUUCCUCAGCGGGGGCCCCUUCAAGGACACAGCAACCGUGAAGAUCGUGGUGGAGGAUGCUGAUGAGCCCCCAGUCUUCUCCUCCCCCACUUACCUUCUGGAGGUGCAUGAAAAUGCUGCUCUCAACUCUGUGCUGGGGCAGGUGACAGCCCAUGACCCCGAUGUCUCUUCCAGCCCUAUAAGGUUUUCCAUUGAUCGCCACACUGACCUUGAGAGACAGUUCAACAUCAAUGCAGAGGAUGGGAAAAUAACUCUGGCAACACCCCUGGACAGAGAAACCAGCACGUGGCACAACAUCACUAUUGUAGCAACUGAAACUAGUAAGUGUUUGUCCACAAAUUCCCCCCGAGCCUCCUUUUCUCCAGGGAACCACAGCCAGGUGUCCCGGGUGCCUGUUGCUAUCAAAGUUCUCGAUGUGAACGACAAUGCCCCUGAGUUUGCAUCAGAGCACGAGGCCUUUCUGUGUGAGAAUGGGAAGCCUGGACAAGUAAUUCAGAUUGUCAGUGCUGUUGACAAGGAUGAUCCUAAAAAUGGGCAUUAUUUCCUGUACAGCCUUCUUCCUGAAAUGGUCAACAACCCAAAUUUCACCAUCAAGAAAAAUGAAGAUAACACCCUGAGCAUCCUGGCCAAGCACAGCGGGUUCAGCAGGCAGAAGCAGGAGGUGUACCUGCUGCCCAUCGUCAUCAGCGACAGCGGCACGCCGCCCAUGAGCAGCACGGGCACGCUGACCAUCCGCGUCUGCGGCUGCAGCAGCGACGGCAUCGUCCAGUCCUGCAACGCCGAGGCCUACGUGCUGCCCAUCGGGCUCAGCAUGGGCGCCCUCAUCGCCAUCCUGGCCUGCAUCAUCCUGCUGCUCGUCAUCGUGGUGCUGUUUGUGACUCUAAGAAGACAUAAGAAUGAGCCUCUAAUCAUCAAAGAUGAUGAAGAUGUGAGGGAAAAUAUCAUUCGCUAUGACGACGAAGGAGGUGGAGAGGAAGAUACAGAAGCGUUUGACAUUGCAACUCUGCAAAAUCCAGAUGGAAUUAAUGGAUUUUUGCCUCGUAAGGAUAUUAAGCCUGAUCUGCAAUUUAUGCCCAGGCAGGGUCUUGCACCUGUUCCUAAUGGUGUUGAUGUUGAUGAAUUUAUUAAUGUAAGGCUUCAUGAAGCUGAUAAUGAUCCCACAGCUCCGCCAUAUGACUCUAUCCAGAUUUAUGGCUAUGAAGGAAAGGGGUCAGCGGCUGGUUCCCUUAGCUCCUUGGAGUCCUCCACAUCAGACUCAGACCAGAAUUUUGACUACCUCAGUGAAUGGGGUCCUCGCUUUAAAAGACUCGGAGAACUUUACUCAGUUGGAGAAAGUGAUAAAGAAACUUGA